UGAAUUUUAGUGUCAAUUAAUUUGUCUUAAUCAGCUUGCGGAGCAAUUAAUCAAAUUAGAGAGGAAGUUGGAAAAAUAGUUGGGAAUUGAAAACUUAGUGCUAAUGUGCAAGAAUGCAUUGAGUCACAUGCAAUCUAAAGUUGUGCGUUGUCGAGUCAAAAAAAAAAAAACACACAAUCCAUGUAUAUAAUUAUUUAAAUUGAAGCAUUAAAAGAGUCAAUAAUGGUAGAUGAAUUGGUUACGCAAAUAGUCACGUCUCAUCAAUCAUCAUCUUGAAGUCUAUUUAGGCUGAGACUAACCUUGAAGGAAUUUGCACCACAACAAUGCAUGUCCUUCACCUAAAAUUCUCUCCGUUUUCUUCUUCAUCAAUAACUUUGUUAUGUGUCUUCCUUUUGAUCAAUAUCACCCAAGCUCUAACAAAAAUUCCACACAAUGAAUCAAUUCCUGCAGUUUUUAUGUUUGGUGAUUCCAUAGUUGAUACAGGCAAUAAUAACAAUAUCCAAACAAUAGCCAAAGCCAAUUUUCGUCCAUAUGGGAAGGAUCUCGCCAUCGUGGGAGGAAAACCAACUGGAAGAUUUAGUAAUGGAAAGGUUCCCGCAGACUUGUUUGCGGAAGAAUUGGGAAUUAAAAUGCUCUUGCCGGCAUAUCUUGAUCCAAAUCUGCAAACUGAAGAUCUCCCUACCGGGGUGAAUUUUGCUGCUGGUGCUGCAGGAUAUGACCCUCUAACAUCUGAGCUCUCUCUACACAAUUUUCUUUUCUAUUGCUUUCUUACAGUUAUAUCACUGUCACAACAGUUAGACUUGUUCAAAGAGUACAUAGAGAAGCUGGAAAGGGUUGUAGGCAAUGAGAGAAGCAGCACCAUUUUAGCCUCCAGCCUGUAUGGAGUGGUAGCAGGCAGCAAUGAUAUUACCAACACCUACUUUCUCACUCCUUUCCGGAGAUCACAAUACGAUUUUCCUUCAUACGCGAAUCUUAUGGUUAACUCAGCUUCUAAUUUCAUGCAGGACUUGUACAAGAUGGGUGCACGUAGAAUUGCUGUUCUGGGUUUGCCGCCAUGUGGAUGUUUGCCAUCACAGAGAAGUCUAUUUGGAGGAGAACAAAGACAGUGUGUAGAGAAGUACAAUGAAGCAGCACAGUUGUUCAACAGCAAGCUAUCAGAGCAGUUAAAAUCUCUUGACAGCAAACUUCCUGAUUCAAAGAUUGUAUAUAUUGAUAUAUACAGUCCUCUACUUGAUCUGAUUCAAAACCCCAAUACAUACGGUUUCGAAAUAGCAGAUACAGGGUGCUGUGGCACUGGUAGAAUAGAAGUGACAUAUCUUUGCUCCAUCUCCAUGCCAUGUACAGAUGUGUCUAAAUACCUAUUUUGGGAUAGCUUUCACCCUACAGAAAAAGCAUACAGACUACUGGUCCACCAACUCCUCAACAAGUACCUCGACAACUUCUUCUAGGACUAUUCACCUUUCUCAUGGUAAUUUAAUUCUCUCCUGUCAACCUUUGUUAUAAUUUCAUGUUUCAAAAAUAAGAGCACAGCAGUUAUUUGUAAUGUUGGUUACCUCAUUCUGUAAAUAUUGUUACAUAUUAUUUGUUUUGAAAUAUUUAUACCAAACUCAAAAAAAAUUUGGGUUUGUACAACUACAAGUGGAACUACUUCAUUUUUAUUUACCAUACUUUCACAAUC